AUGAUGGACUGUCAAGAUAAGGAACAGAAUGAAAUGGCGGAGGCACUUAAAUCGAGUUAUAGACAGAAGAGCCGCAGUCAGCCAACUGGUCUGAAUCGUGUGAAAAGCCUUACCAGAAAAUUGUCUGCAAAAUCAAGAAACCAUGAAUAUACCGAUAGAAGUCGUUUCAGAAAGGAAAGGAUAAGAGACAGAGGAAGUGAGAAUCAAGUUGGAAACAUGUCCACCCCAACUUCCGAUGCAUCGAAAGUUCCCGAGAUGAAACCGCAGAUCAAGAUAGGACAUUACAUCCUUAGGGAUACGCUUGGUGUUGGAACUUUUGGCAAAGUAAAAGUUGGUAUCCAUGAGGCCACUGGGUAUAAGGUGGCGGUGAAGAUUCUCAACCGGCAAAAGAUCAAAACCUUAGAUGUUGUUGGAAAAAUUAGGAGAGAAAUCCAAAACCUUUCUCUGUUUCGUCAUCCACACAUUAUUCGACUUUACCAGGUGAUCAGUACUCCAACCGACAUCUUUAUGAUAAUGGAAUACGUAUCAGGUGGUGAGCUGUUCGACUACAUUGUCAAGCAUGGUCGCCUUAAGACGCCAGAAGCUCGACGAUUUUUCCAACAAAUCAUUUCCGGAGUUGACUACUGUCACAGGCAUAUGGUUGUGCACAGAGACUUGAAGCCUGAGAAUCUUCUUCUCGAUGAGCAUAAUAAUGUAAAAAUAGCAGACUUCGGGUUGUCAAAUAUCAUGACCGAUGGAGACUUUCUUCGAACGAGUUGCGGAUCGCCCAAUUAUGCUGCGCCAGAAGUGAUUAGUGGAAAACUUUAUGCUGGUCCCGAGGUGGACGUGUGGUCUUGUGGUGUAAUAUUAUACGCUCUCUUGUGUGGUACUCUUCCAUUCGAUGACGAACAUGUUCCAACAUUGUUCAGAAAAAUCAAGUCUGGUGUUUUUCCUAUACCUGAUUAUUUGGACAAGCCGCUUGUCAGUUUGCUGCUUCAUAUGCUGAUGGUUGAUCCAAUGAAAAGGGCUACAAUUAAAGAUGUUAUUGCUCACGAAUGGUUCCAAAAAGAUCUUCCUGCUUACCUCUUUCCUCCCGUCAACGAGUCGGAGGCCUCUAUAGUCGAUAUUGAAGCAGUCCGUGAAGUUACCGAGCGUUACAAUGUACCUGAAGAAGAGGUCACUGCCGCGCUUCUCGGGGAUGAUCCGCAUCACCAUCUAUCAAUCGCAUACAAUCUCAUCGUUGACAACAAAAGGAUAGCUGAUGAAACGGCCAAAUUAACCAUUGAGGAAUUCUAUCAAGUUACACCAAACAAGCACCACCAUUCUGAUCUACACCGCCAUCCUGAGCGAAUUUCAGCUGCUGUAAGUAGUAAGAUCACGCCAACCUUGGAAAACUCUACCAGUACUGAAGUGUCGUUUAAUGGCACUCCUCCAUCACAAACAAGUGGUUACAGACCUGGUGUGAAACGGGCGAAGUGGCAUCUUGGAAUCAGAUCGCAAAGCCGACCAGAAGACAUAAUGUAUGAAGUUUUCCGUGCAAUGAAAAGCUUGGAUAUGGAGUGGAAAGUACUGAAUCCGUAUCACGUAAUUGCUCGGAAGAGACCCGACAAUCCGAUUUCCGACCCCCCUAAAAUGUCACUGCAGCUCUAUCAGGUGGACCAGCGUAGCUACUUGCUAGAUUUCAAGAGUCUUGUGGAUGACGAUAGCACCCCUGGUAGUGCUUGUUCAUCCCGUCAUGCAUCAAUGUCAAUGCCAUCGAAGCCUCCUGGAAUGCGCUGUUCUCGUGCUCAAAGUAUAACAAUGGAUGUUGCAGCUGUUGGUACAAGCUUCAGCUUACUGUAUUUUUUUUCGAGAAGCAGCAGUCAAGCUUUCUUCCAGAUGGAGCUAUCACCUCCUCCUUCUCCAUCGGGUUCGAAACUCUCGCAAACAAUGCAGUUUUUCGAAAUGUGUGCCUCACUUAUUGGGACACUUGCACGAUGA